AUGAGCCGUAGACUGUUAUCACUAGAGAUACUAGGCGACAUUGGCAUACACCCGGUGCCACUGGAGCUUUCAAUAUCAAACGUGUCGAAAGGAUUGAUGCUUGUUAUGGUGUUUCUUGUGUAUCUCAUGUUGGAAGCUCAGAUGACAGCGUGGUGGUAUAUAUUGUUCAUGAUACCGGAGAGCACGAUGUGCACUGUGAAGGAUUCCAUGGUUGACGUGUUUUGGACUCUGUUGAUAUAUUUGAUCAACAAGAGGAAGAUCAAAAUCGUUGUGAGUGGUGUCAACUUGAAAGAUGCCGAGGUUCACGAGGCGUUGAAGAACUGUGUGGUUGUGUCGAACCACAAGUCGCUCUUUGACUAUAUGUUGUUGUACUACUUGAAGACGCUUGUGGAGAAGGCAACGAUGGAGAGGAUAUCGUUGAGCUUCUUUACGUGGAAUUCUCUUUGGAAAGGACCCAGUUUAAAGCUCCUUUGGAACGUAUUCAACAACGAUGAAAAUUGGCAGAUGAGUCCCAUGGACUUGGAGCGAGAGCUAACGACCCUAAAGAGGCAGAGAAGCUGUGGUGUUAAUAGUUGGAUCGCCCAUUUUCCAGAGGUCAAUAUCGUCACUGAUAGGAGCCUAUCGUUACAGAAUCAACAGCUGGAGCAGCACUACCUUCCACAGUUCAACAAUCUACUCUACCCAAGGUUCAACAACUUUACCAACUUGAUCAAAUCUAUAGGGAAAGGUGUCUCUUAUUCAUAUUUGAAGACAUUUGUUGGCAUAACCAUCUUGUACUACAACCCAAUGAAGAAUUGUUUUACAAACCCUACGCUCUUUGAAAUCUUGACGUUGAAACAGCCUGUAUUCAUCAUUGACGUGGAUAUCCGAUUGAGGCCCUUGAACAAGUUGCCAUUGAAAGAGGGGAAGUUGCAGAAGUGGUUGGAGAAUGAAUGGAUAGAAAAGGAUAAGAUACUCGAAGCUAUGCAGAAACAGUUAAAGCUUAACGUUGAUUGA